GAAAAAAGGCAGUAGCAAUAUGCACGGAGAAACAUAAAUUCAAAGAUUGUUAUUCGUAACUGCUAGACAACAGGAGUACGGCACGACGACACAGUAAAUUUGGAAUUUCAGACACUCUCGGCAUCUCCCCGAAGACGGGAAAAUGAAAAUUCCAAAAAGUCGGUUUUUCGGAAUUUUCAGAAGAUGCCAGGUUCAGCCAAAAUGCAUAGCCUGGCAAAUUUCCGAGCCGAGCUAAAACUCUAACCAAUCACAGCUUCCUUGGCGUGACGUCAAUUUCAAUUUUCGGUAGCACGAUCAUUUUUGACUUCCGGUUGCAUUUUGCUUUGGAGCAAAUCGCACUAGAAGACGCACCAUAUUCAUGAUGAAAAGCUCAGAGACGCGCAAGUUAGCAAAGCCCGCGUCAAAACCGAAGCAGAAGCAGCACAUCCAAAGAACGUGGCUCCUGCCGGAGUUGAUAUUCAUGAGCGCAUUUGGAAUUCACCUUGCUGUUUGCCCAUGGACUAAAGUGGAGGAGAGCUUCAACACACAGGCUAUCCACGAUAUUCUUUUUCAUGGAUUUAAUAUUUCGGCGUACGAUCAUCAAGAAUUUCCAGGACCUGUUCCGAGAACUUUUAUUGGAGCGUUUUCCGUGGCAUCCAUAAGUCUGCUUCCUAAAUUUCUUCUGGUUGACUGCCUGCAUUUCAACAAAGUCGCGGCGCUCGCUUUUGCACGAUGUUCACUGGGAUUCCUUGUGAUCUGCUCUUUCAAAGUAUUGCUCAGAAUUAUUAGGAAGCAUUUCGGUCAGGACGUUGCACUGUGGACAGCCCUAAUAACCGCUUCGCAGUUCCAUUUCCUGUUUUAUGCAACUCGUCCACUUGCAAACAUUUUUGCACUUCCUCUAGUGAUCUUAGCGACAGCCUUCUGGAUUGAUGAUCAAGUAACGAAAACAAUUCGCUUCGGCGCAUUUGCCACUGUUAUUUUCCGAUCGGAAUUGUGUUUACUGUUUGGCCCUAUGCUCCUUUCUUCAUUGCUCCGGAAGAAGAUUUCGUUUAUGAGGGGUUUCGUCGAAGGUGGUAAAGCGGUAGCUGCCAGUCUCCUCUUAACCUUUCUCGUGGAUUCAUAUUUUUGGGGACGACCAGUAUGGCCUGAAGGGGAAGUCCUUUGGUUUAACACUGUCAAGAAUCAGAGCUCAAACUGGGGUACUUCUCCAUUCGCAUGGUACUUUUACUCCGUGAUUCCAAGACUUUCGCUUGCAAGCCUUCCAUUAUCUUUGUAUGGAACUUUAAAAAACAGGAACAUCCUGAACUUAAUUGCACCCUUCUUGCUUUUUGUCUUCUCAUACUCAUUUUUGCCACACAAAGAGCUGCGCUUCGUCAUUUACAUAGUACCAGUUUUCAAUCUCAGCGCGGCUGUUGCAUGCGCUCGAAUAAGCUCUACGAACAGAUUUUCCUCCCUUCUUUGCAAGGCGCAUCUUUUGGUCAACCUUUUGGCAGCAGCCAUGUUCUUGUUUAUAUCAUCGUGGAAUUAUCGGGGAGGAGAUGCGCUUUACGAGCUACAUCAAAUUGAAAGUUCUACAAAAAGUGUUCACUUAUUUCUGGAUAACUUCAGUUGUCAGAACGGAGUGAGCCGGUUUCUUCAUAUGAACGACAAAUGGAUAUACAACAAAACCGAAACAGUGGAUCUGCGUACGUAUAAUAUUACGUCAGAUGCGCCAUUCACGCACAUAAUUGCCGAGAGCAAAUAUGUUCCCCACUUACUUACGCAAGGAUUUCAAGUUAUUAACAGUUUGUAUGGAUUCGUAGGAUUUCGGCGAAACCUGCGGCCGACUAAUGUCUUUCAAGAGUCUUUAUUACGUUUUGAUACAGUGGUCGCUAUUCUGCGGAAAGCGAGUAUUUGAGCAGAUAAUGUUACAUUGGUAAAAACUACUAGUAGUAUAGCGCUUCUUUUAAAGCGACUUCGUUUGUUUCCGGCAGAUUGCGUUUUGUACUUACUUCUGCGUCUAACGUACAAGUGCGGUAGAAGAAUUACAAAGAAACAGAAGACAUCGUUUGCAGAAGGUUUGGUUAUUGUUCAUGAAAACUUCAUGAAGUACAGUGGCCAGUCGAAACAAUACAGUUUUCUUAAAGGUGAUUCCAUAUGAACUUUAUAAUGGUUAUGAAUAAUUAACUGUUGAAUGCUAAACCGGUUGUUUACCUAUGUUGGUUUUAAAUUUUGCACCCCAAAUUAUCAGUCAAC